ACGGAGCCAAUGCAUCCAUUAUCUGCACUGAGUGCAGAAAGUGCAUACAACGCGGACAAAACUUUCGGUUUCUUCUGCUGUUGUUCAAACAAGGCAUGUUUGCUGCGGAGUAUUCUUGUCGAUUGGUUAUAAGAUCGAUUCACAGACGAAUUAGUGUCAGAUUUCAAUUCAAAGAAGAAAAAGGAAAGGAUUUAUCUUAUUCCUAGAUUAAAUUUGAUGACAGCGAGCGUCAUUAGAGCUAGACUUCAUAAAAGGACUUUAGGAUGUUUUGAUUAAGCAAUAAAAUACGAAUUGUUUAUUAUGUUGUCUAUAGUUUUGACACAACUGAGGCGUUUAUAAAUUGAUAUUAAAUAAUGGAAAAGUUGAAAAGGGCCACGUCACCUAACGAGGAACUAAAAAUUCUCGAACCGGUUUUAAUAAAAACUGACACGAAUGAAUGCAUACGUAUUGACAAAAACGAGUUUAAAAUUGGACGUGCAAGAGACAAUGAUGAGAUUAUAUUGGAUACCAUAAUAUCUAGGAGACAUUGUAUUUUUAAGUGUGAAGGCCAAGAUGAAUGGACAAUUAAAGAUUUAAGCUCUACCAAAACAUUUGUUAACAAUGUUGCUAUGGAACCUGAAAAAGUACAAAAUAUCUAUCCUGGUGAUAGUAUACAAUUUAGUCCUAAUGAAACGUUUAAAUAUUUAUUUACUUUUGCCGAAAGAGAGCACUGUGUUAAAAAGCCACGUAUAGACGAAAAGAUACUCGACACUGUUCUUGUCAAGCAGAAGACAUUUGCCGAAAGCCAAGAAUGUCAGAGGAAAGAGCUGAAAAACAAGCUUGAAAUAAACCAAAAGGAGCAAAUCGAAUUGAAACAACAGCUUGACGACUUGUUGUCACAACAAGCUGUAGCUAAAGAUGAUAAAAAGAAUUUAUUAAAUCAAAUUAUGGUGUUAGAAGAUAAAAUAAAGGCGUGCAACGCUCAAGAGGAACAUUUGAAUAACAUGUAUUCUGAGUUAUUGCAAAAACUAGAAAACGAAAGGAUGCAAUUUGAGAUGAGAAUAAAUGAGGAGAAACAGAAAUGGCAAGAAGCAUUAGACAUGAGUAAACAAGAAAAAGAAACGUUGGAAGUAAAAAUGAGAGAACAGAUGGAAAAGUGGAGAGAAGAGCAACAAGCCGAAUGGAAAAAGAUGAUGGAAAAUAAGAUGAAAGAAGAAAAAGAUAUUCAAGCUCAGUUAUUGAAUGAGAAAAAUAUGUUAGAAGCAAGACUAAAGGAAACAGAGAAAGCUUUAAAAGCACAGGAAGCAAAGGCUGAAACAUCACAGACAAUAUUGAAUGCAAGCACUUCAAGCGAAGCUAUCGCGAGUACGUCAGAGUGUAUAUUUCUAAACCUAGAGGGUGAUGAAAUUCCAGAAUUUCAAAUAAUAGACACAAUAGAUCUGACUGAAUUUAGUCAAAAUGUUUUGGAGACUAACAUUAAGGAAAGCGUCCUUGGAAAAAUGAGUGAUAUUAUGGAUGAACAGUUAACAUGUUCCAUAUGCUCAGAAUUAUUCGUAAAAGCAACGACAUUAAGUUGUACGCAUACAUUUUGUCAUCACUGUAUAAAAGAGUGGAAUAAGAAACGGAAAGAUUGUCCUAUCUGUAGAAAACCAGUAAUGUCAAUGAUUAGAUCAUUAGUUUUAGAUAAUUUUAUUGAUCGUAUGAUCGAGAAUCUAUCUCAAGAACUUAAAAAUAGAAGAAUGCAGAUUAUACGAGAAAGAGAAGUUUCAGUUCCAUAUCCAGUUUCAGUAUUAGGAAAAAAGAAACGAUAUUAAAAGACAAAACGAAACGUAAGAAGACGGGUACUAAUAUUUUAUAUUUUACAUUAUAAUCCUGUAAAGAAUAUUUGUUACUAUCUAGUUCAUUGAUAAUCUGUAUAUUGACAAAGUUCUGCUCUCUACUUAUAACCCAUGUUCAGGAAAUUCUAGUUUUACUUUUGUGAAAAA